AUGCAGCUCCAAUCAGUCCUCUUCUCUCUAUUCCUCGCCACAGCAGUCGUUGCUAAGGGCGAUGGCAACAAGACACUCUCUACGGCCGGUGAAUGCAAAGAGAUGAAAAGCCUCAACAAGCUCGUCGAACUCGCAUCAAACACCACUAAGCUCGACAAAGUCACUAAGAACAACGCCACAAAGAUUGCCGAGAUCCAAGCCAAGGCUUCAGAUGCCUCCACGCAGCUCGACACCCUUCAAAGCAACUCAACUCUAAUGUCUGCCUGCGCCGUCAUCGAUGCUGAAGCCGCUGAAGAGGACCAAUGCCAAGAGACCUUCUGCAAGUUCAUGGACGGACUUCAGAAGUUCGUGGACGUUGCAAACAACCAGACUAAGUUGGACAAACUCACUGACGGAAACACGACCAAGGAGGCUGAUAUCAAGGCCAAGGCUGCGACGGCUCAGACGAAGUUGACGGCUAUGCAGAGCAACUCGACUCUUGUGUCGGCCUGUGAUGCGUUGAAGACGAGCAAAGAUGGAACUUCUACUUCUGCCAGCUCUGCUGCUUCUACCACUACGGCUGCUGCUAAGUCUGCUGCUAUGAUCCUGAAGGGUGCUAGUGCUGGUGGAGCGGUCCUUUCGACGUUGAUUGCUGUGUCGAUUGGAAUGUUUAUGUUGUAG